AUGGUGCAGGUCAACCCGCUGGCCACAAACAUACACGGGCAGUACCCGGCGGAUAUCAGGCGGUUGUUCAUAAAUAGCGCGGUCGGCGCUGGUCGAGGCCGUGCCGUUGCUCCUGGCGGGGAUCGGGAAGGGGAAGUAGGCUUCCAUCCUGAGGAGGAUCCGGAAGACGCUCCUGGGGCGACAGAGACCGAGCGUCUUCACGCCGCUGGCGCUGUCGUCAUCAAGAGCAGUGCGGCGCUCAUCCAGAUCCUGUACGGUAGCGAUGAGCUGUACAUGGUCAGCGACAAGCAGAUAAAGAGGAGUUGCUAUGCAGCUUACCAGUUCACGGCAAUCCCGUACGUCACAAUGUCCAUCCUAAACCUGAUCGCCAGUCUCAGCGCCCCAAACUACCCGGCGAUGUAUAUCGUCCAUUACCACGGCCCGUGCAAUCCAAGCAAGAUGGACAACAUUGUAGCCAGCGGCGGUGGUGGGGUCCCAGGGGCGAUAUCACCGCGACAGUGGCGUCGGUGGAAGCGGUAUUGGACCUGA